UCGUAGCUCUACAACACGUGCACUGCCAUGAUCCAUACUUUCGAUUUAAUACUGGAAGUGAACAUUUUAUUAAUAAAGCUGUCAUGCAGAUCUUUGUGAAGACCCUGACGGGCAAGACUAUCACCCUUGAGGUGGAGCCCUCUGACACCAUUGAAAAUGUCAAGGCCAAAAUUCAGGACAAGGAAGGAAUUCCUCCUGAUCAACAGAGAUUGAUUUUUGCCGGGAAGCAGUUGGAAGAUGGACGUACUCUUUCAGAUUAUAACAUCCAGAAAGAGUCCACUCUCCACUUGGUGCUGCGUCUGAGAGGAGGCAUCAUCGAACCAAGUUUGAGAAUCUUGGCUUCUAAGUACAACUGUGACAAAAUGAUUUGCAGAAAAUGCUACGCCCGUCUUCAUCAGAGGGCAACUAACUGUCGUAAGAGGAAGUGUGGACACACCAAUAACAUCAGACCCAAGAAGAAGCUGAAGUAAACUGUUGUUAUUACCCUCAGUCUGUGAUUAAUAAAAGAUAUGUCACAGUGUUAAA